GCAGAAAAGUUGAUACCGUUGUUAUGGGUUUGCUAUGUUAACAUUUUGUUAGUAUUAUUUUUAUUGUUGUAAUGAUUAGUUUUGUUACCAUUGUUACAGUUUAUUAUUACAUAGCUUCUAUGCAGCUAGCGGUGGUGCUGUGUAUUAAGUACCUGUUACAGCUGACUUGCUGUCUAUUUAUUUUCUUCUGGUAAGUAUUUGGUGUAUUUCAAUUUGGGGUUGCUGGUAUAUAUUGGAGGUGCUGGCCACUUUUGAGCACAGUUCGUUAACAGUCCUAGUCGCGAAUCUAGGAGGUUCAACCAACUAGAAAAUAAGAAAAAAAUAUUUAAAUUCAAACAUACGUUUUGAAGUAUGCGCAAUUAGUUUUAUAUUUACUUACAUUUUCAAGGAACAGGUUUAAUCUGAGGGUUUAAUCUGAGCUUUGCAGUCAAAAAGGUGUAACUUUAACUGAAUACGGUAUAGCAAAAGUGUGAUCUAGAAAUUAUAAACUAUGAAAGAAUACUUAAUUUUACUUGUGUUACUCAUAUCUACAUGUAGCGCAACUAUCCAUGGAGCCGUCUCAACACAAUUUCAACAAAUUGAUCCUCAUAGUCAUACCUAUUCUUAUGGCUAUGCUGAUCCCAACUCCCAGAAGCAAGAGACACGUUCUUACGAUGGUGUUACACGUGGUUCAUACUCUUACGUAGAUGGUAAUGGGCAUGUGCAAUCGCUGUCCUAUGUUGCUGAUCCACAUCAUGGUUUCAACGCUGUUGGCACAAAUUUACCAAAAUCUUCCCCAUCUCCAGCUACUCACUUCGCUGCAAUACACAGCGCUGCCGCCCAGUCAUAUGUGCCAUACGCCCAUCACUAUCCCCAACAUAUUCCGAUACUUACAGAUGGUGGUGUGCCCGUGGAUACACCAGAAGUACAACACGCACGUGCUGAACAUUAUGCUGCAUAUGCUGCUGCUGCUGCAGCUGCUGCAGCUCAUCCGGAAUCGUAUGAUAGUCAAUCUCAUCAUUUGUAUAAACGGUCAUUAUACAGUAACCCCUGGAACUACGCCCAUCAGAAUGCGAUAACCCAUGUGCCACUAACACAUGGAGGCGUUCCUGUUGAUACACCAGAUGUACAAGCUGCCAAAGCUGAACACUUUGCAGCGCAUGCUAAGGCUUUAGGUCAUGUGACACAAAUAAAUGGAGCACCCUCGGACACACCUGAAGUAGCUCAUGCAAAAGCUGCCCAUUAUGCUGCUCAUGCGGCUGCUCGCACUGGUUAUCCUAUUGGUCACACUGUACCCGUUAAUGGCUAUCACAUUCCUGUGAUUCACAAUGGGGUACCAGUCGAUACACCAGAAGUUCAACAUGCCAAGGCAGCACAUUAUGCGGCAGUUAUUAAGGCUUCAUCUAGAGCUGGUCACGGUGAACCAAACGGUAAUGGAGGUAAUUAUGGCGGACAUUGGAAUGAUCCACAUAACAGUGGUUAUACAGGGUACAAACAUCGAGGCCCCAUACAUAUUCCAGUCAUCCACAAUGGUGUGCCCAUUGAACCACCAGAAGUUCAGCAUGCUCGCGCCGCCCACUUAAAUGCUUUGGCUUCUGCUAGUCAUGGUUCGGGGCAUGGGGGCUACUAUGAGAACGAUGGCCAAUAUCAUGGCCAAAAUUAUUAAAUCCUGACUUUAUAUUUUAGUAUAACUACGUGCGGAUAUCGGAAAGAAAUAUACUUAUAUUCAUCUAACAAAACAAAACGGCGGGCAUGAUACGAAUAAAUCGACCAUGAUUGCACUCAUAUACUAGAAAAAUAACAUGAAGCGAUAUGAUAUUGUCUCUCAUCUUCUUAUUUGCUUAAAUCUUUUUUUACUCUUUGCUCUACAUAAAAACCCAUGAUUACUCUCCGAAUAAUAUAAACGAGUUGUUUGCUAUAAGAUAAGCAUGUUAGAUCGAAAUCAUCUCUAAUGAAUUGAGGAAUAUUAAUUCACAAUUUCACUUUCAAAAAUUCUUAUGUACCUACUUGUACACAUGUAUAUAUAUAUAGUGUUUUAAUCAUAUAGUGAUACAUAUUUAUAAGAUAGUGUAUAUAUAUUAUAUAACAUAUAAAAUUUAUUUAAAAUUGCACUUCUCAAAAUGUUUGUUUUUAAUUAUUGUAUAUGAUACCCGAAGAAGACCCCGGCCACGUGUUGCUGUUGCUAAGGUAUACAUUAAAUUACAUUAAUAUAAACUGGUAUUUAUGAAUAAGGGCGAAAAUGUUAUAGGCGGUAAAAAUGCACGUGGUUAAAAUUUGAACAUUACUUAAAAGUUUUAUUUUUCAUCGAUACAAAUCGCUUAAUGUUUUUAACAACAAAUCAACAUAAGAUGUUACAUUUUUAGAUCAUUAGUAGGUAGAUCAUUCGUAAUUUUUCACAAUACACCCAAUACACCGAGUUGCCGAAUAGGUGAGACCUUGUUUCACUGAUGUUGAAGAAUUAAUUUCGAAUGGAAAUAAAAUAAUUAAUAAUAAUGCUUAUCCUUAUAUCGCGCAUCCUCAACAGUUACAGGCCGCAAAAUAUUAUUUUGUAUAUUUUAUAAAAUUUCAAAAUAUUUUUUAAGAAUCAAAAGAUGGGGACGCUUCUUCGAUUUUGAAAGCGAAAAAGUAAUAGCUUCAAAUUCAAUCGAAGCUCAGUUAGCCUAUAUUAAUAUAAAACAACACUUUUUUGUCUGAAAUAAUAACUGAAUUGAAAGUAAAAAAUCAUCAGCAAAACAAAUGCAACUGAUUGAGAGGACUGUUACAACUAUUCAAGGUGUGCAGGGUGAAGUUGGCCGCAAAAUCAAAGAGAAAUUGUAUACCAUUCUGAAAAAAAUAAAGGCU